AUGUCUGCACAACAAAAACAAUUUGCGAUUGCAUUUGCUGCUCUCUUGUUGCACGAGACAAAGAAGGAGAUCAACGUCGAGAAUUUGACUGCCGUUUUGAAGGUCGCUGGUGUCCAAAUGGACCAAUGGGUUGCUGUCAUGGCCAAGGCAUUCACUCCAGAAAAAAUCCAGGAGUUCCUUGACAAUUUCGCUUCAUCGGCUCCAGUCGCCGCUGCCCCAGUCGCUGCCGCCGAAACCAAAAAGGAAGAAACUAAGGAAGAACAAAAAGAAGAGAAAAAAGACGAGCCAGAAGAGGACUUCGGCGGAUUUGGAGAUCUUUUCUAA